GCGUCAGCUCCUCUGUGAGGCACGUCACGCUGCCCCUUCCGUGGACGAGGAAACACCUCUGAAUUCCCCACGACCUGAUGAGGAGGAACCUGGUGCCACAGGUGGUGCUGAAGGGGAAGAGCCACCACCAGAGGGCGGGGAUGAAGGUGGAGACUUGUCCAAGAACUUCCGCGAGCUCAUGCAGUACUCCGCCGCUGACCGGAAGGCAGAGAACUUCAUGCCCCUCGAGGGCAACUUGUACCGCUAUUUUGGGCUGGGCAUCGUGUCAAACUACUGGACCGUCCAAUCCUUGGGAAUGGUUACCAUUUUCCUGGUACAGCUGCUGUCACCGCCGGCUUGCCUCAUCCAGAAUUUGUACAAGAUGGAUUGGCAACACUGGAAUUUCGGUGUAAAUGACUGGGAAUACGUUCAUGGCAGCAACCACCACGGCAUCUCAAAUCUCUCCAAGCAUGUGGUGGCCACCCUGUUUCUGACUAUGUUCUGCCUGAACGGGGCCAUGGUCAUCGAGCAAGAUCGGGUGGUCUCGAUGAAGAUCAGCGCAAUGCUGGAACAGAUUGGCAAAGACAUGCCCGACUAUUUGAAGGAGGUGAAUUUUUGGUGGCUGCAUGCUGGGCGUGUGAUGAACUGUCUCGUGGUGAUAGAAUGUUCUGUCAUCGUCUACUUUGCUUUCGUCUUGUCGGAGACGCCUAUGGAUGUCCUCUUCAACUCCAUGGCGGUGACCUUCCUUUACAACCUGGACGACAUUGGAGGAGAAAUGGGCCACUCGCCAGAAGCUUUCUUUGCUACUCAUGUCUGCUGA